GUAUAAAUGAAGAAAUCAAAAUUAGUGUGCGGAUUAGUAGAUUAAUUUUAACUACAAAUUUACUAAACCAACAUUUAAGAAACUUGGACUAGACUCAUCUUUAUUGCUUUUUGGUCCAUUUAGAGUUGAUCUACCACGAAAGAAAAGCCCAGCCUCCUCAUACGGGGAAACGUAUAAAAAGCCGAGCAAAUGGCAGAAAGACCGGAAGAAGGUGGAUUUGAGGAAGAAACCAGAAACGGAGUGAGGUCAGAGCUUAGUUACCGCUUUCACUCAUCUAAUCAAAACAAAGUGAGGACUUCAAGGAAGGCUAUAGAGAAUGAGCAAGAGACCUCCACCCGAUCCUGUAGCGGUGCUCAGAGGCCACCGAGCCUCUGUGAUGGACAUCUGCUUCCAUCCAUCGAGAAAGAUACUGUUCUCCGGGUGUUGUACAUUUCCAUGUUAUCAUUUUAUAGCUUAAAUUCUUGGACAUUUUAAUCUGUGUAGUUCCGUAUCCAAUUUAAGGUAGUGUACCCUCAUUAAUCAUAAGUAAGAAUGUUGAGAUCAUCUGAUGAUGUGUGUACUAAAGUAACAAACAUAUUAGAAAAAUGGGUUGCUCCGAAAGAAGAAAGUGAAAACAGUAUGUUUAAAAUAAUGUGGACAUGAGUAGACACUUCAUACUCUUGGACGGAAAGAAAGGCUCGAUUCAUUUCAGUAACCAGAUUAUAUGCACUGAUAGAGCACGAUGGUUACAUAUAUAUGUGCGUGUAUGUGUUUUUAACCCCACCUAGUGUAAUGUAUGCUUUUGUUGUUACUAUUGUUGUAUCUUGAUUGUUACUUAAUGAGCUCGUGUUCAUGUACAGGGCUGCUGAUGGUGAAUUGCGUAUUUGGGAUACCGUACAGCGCCGCACAGUUGCAUCUGCAUUAGUACAUACUGCGGCACAUGGAAUUAUUGGUGUUGCAGCCAGUCCUUUGAUUGGAGAAGACAAAGUAAUUAGCCAAGGCAGAGAUGGAACUGUAAAGUGUUGGGACUUUGGAGAUGGGGGUCUUUCUAGGAGUCCGUUACUUUCAAUUAAAACAAAUAGUUACCAUUUCUGCAAACUUUCAUUGGUAAAGAAGCCCAUACAUUGGCCGAGGCAAACUGAUGGAAUAGAGAACUUCCAAGAUGCAGUUCAUGGGAAAACUGCAGCUCAAGAAAGUCAAACUCAGGGUUCAGGCACAAUAGAAGAUUAUGCACAAGUCAAGGAAAUGAAAUAUGUUGCAAUCGCAGGAGAGCAGUCUUCUGUGGUCGAGCUCUGGGAUCUUGCUGCUUCGAAAAAGUGUCUUCAGCUCCCUGAUUUCCCUUCUGGCUCAGUUAAUCCACUGACAAAGGAACGAGGAAUGUGUAUGGCAGUUCAAGCAUUUUUGUCUUCUGAAUACCAGGGCUACCUUAAUGUUUUAACCAGUUACGAGGAUGGGUCCAUGGGCUGGUGGGACACAAGGAAUCCUGGAGCUCCAUUGACGACUGUUAAGUUUCAUUCAGAACCAGUUCUCAGCCUCUGUGUGGAUUGGUCGUGUGGUGGUGGUAUCUCUGGAGGCGCUGAUGAAAAGAUUGUGAUGUUCAAUUUGGAUUAUGCAUCGGGUUCUGUUAUGGCCAAGAAAGAAAUUAUUUUGGAACAACCUGGAAUUGCAGGAGCCUCAAUUCGACCAGAUGGCAAAAUUGCUGCAGUUGCCGGCUGGGAUCACCGAUUAAGGGUUUACAAUUAUCGAAAAGGAAAUCCAUUGGCUAUAUUGAAAUAUCAUCAUGCCACGUGCAACGCUGUUUCAUUCUCAUUGGACAGCAGGCUGUUAGCUUCUUCAUCAGAAGACACUACUGUGGCAUUGUGGGAACUAUACACUCCUCAAAGUGUCAUAUGAAUCAACUCCGGGCCAGUUCAUUUCGAUAGCUAGCUUAUUAUUUUAGACUUAGUGGCCUUCUCAUCUUGACUAACAAUAUAAAAAUCACUGAACUCUUGGCUAACAAAGAGAGAGAGUGUGUGUGUGUAUAUAUAGUACCACCCUAACUUUUCCAUCUUACGUGGUUUGAGCUGUAGUUUGCUGGUUGAGGAUUGCAUUAUUUGUUAUACAAUGGAGAUAACUGUAAC